AUGGCGACAGCACCUACGAUCGCGGCGACAGCAUCUACGAACUUGCCAACAGCACCAUUCCAGCCUCUCUCUGCGACGCUGCCUGAUCGGAUUGUCAAUGAGUUUCUCUUCCCCUGGGAUAGUCACGUCCUGGAAUGCAUGAACUUCUUCGACCCGGCGGUGCAGUGGUUAGCAUACUCUUAG